GAUUGCUUCCGGGUCCCAUGACUGUUGUUUACCGGAUGCCUGUGCUCUUAUGGUUUUAGACUGAGAUGGCUUCAGCAGCGUUAUCAGAGAAUCCGUCCUGUAAAGAUGUUCUGGCCGAGGGUUUGAUUGACCUCCUCAAACCCGCCAUACAGCAGCUGGACCUGCACGUGCACUCUGUCAGAGAAAGUCAGGUGGAACUAAGAGAACACAUUGAUAAUUUAGCCACAGAACUGUGUCGGAUAAAUGAUCACCAGAAGGUUGCUCUGGACUUAGACCCCUACGUGAAGAAGCUGCUCAAUGCGAGACGGAGAGUGGUUUUAGUGAACAACAUCCUCCAAAAUGCCCAGGAACGUCUAAGAAGACUUAACCACAAUGUGGCCAAGGAAACUGCACGAAGAAAGACUAUGUUGGAGGCCUCAGGGGUGUUUGCUUCCCGCUCCCCCAGUUUAUCUUGAUGUUCCUCCUAUGCUCUCUCAGUGCACCCUGAAGCCCUGUCCUGUUCUCCCCCCGUGCACCCUGAAGUCCACUCCACUACCCUUAGUUUGUCGUGUUCAUUCUCUCAGUGAAGGGCAAAAUUUUUUCCCAGACUGACUGUAUAUUUGUAUGCCACCCAUCUUCUUUCUCCUUUUUGGGGCUGGGUCACAGAGGCAGCAGUCUAAACAGGGACUCCCAUACUUCCCAAUCCACACACUCUCUCUCUUCAGCUUCUCCUGAGGUGCUGGACUGCUUGUAUCCAGUGUCUUGUUCUUUGGGCCUAAAUCAUUCACCUGGAAUAACCAGAAGCUUGGCUGUAAAUGUGGAGGAAUCUGGUGUGCAUCAGUAAAAUGUCUUGUAGGUAAACAAAUCUAGUUGAUGGGGCAUAUACUGUUUAAUUAUGUAACCUAAAUCAUUUAGGCCUAACUGUGAACUGCUAAGAAACCAGGAUGAGUGUAACAUUUGUUUUGCUCUUAAACGGGAUUAUUUAUUUCGAAUAAAUGCAGUUUUUUUUUAGCACAUGGCAGUAUGCAAUGAAAGCAUACAAUAACCAAAAAGUUUAGGAAAAUUAGAAACAAAUCACAUUUUUGGGGGUCUUCAAAGAGGCACAAAAACAAGUAUUGCAAAAACGUUAAUUAGAAAAGUUAAUUUAGAGCUAUUUAUUUCCCCAUGUUGGUAGGCCAAUUUGCAAGAGACAGGACAAAGACAAAUAUUAGCAGUUAGGUCUUUUCUAAAAUAUAACUGAGUUUACUUUGGGGUAAGCUGAUCCACACCUUCUCCCUUAAGGUAAAAGUCCAAAUGAUACUCUGAGAUUACAUAAUUACAAAAAGACUGUAUUUAUCUUUUCUGUAUAAAAUCUUUGAAAAGUAUAAAUUUAAGUUAUAUUCAUUCCACAGGUCAGGCUUUAAUGUGAUGGUUCAGCUUACCUCAGGAACUGUGGUAAAAAUAUACUGCUUUAUUUUGUUCAUAUGACAUUAUUUUGACAAAAAACAUAGUUUAUGUAUAAACCUUCCAAAGCACUAAAGCAAAAUUUGUCCCAUAUCCCAGUCUCCUCUACACAGAAAAUAAUACCUGUGGUGUGGUUGGAGGGAUAUUCAUGAAUUGUAACACUGACCUAAUUAAAUGCGCUUUUGCAUGUUGUACAACAAAAAUACAUGUUUGUGAUAAUAAAAUGUAAGUGUGAAGAA